CGGUCUUGUUCUUGAUUGUUCGACGCUGAACUCAUGAUUCUGUCUGACAGUUUACCCUCGAUCCUCUCUCCCAACUUCCCAAGUCCAAACUAAUCCAGAAAUCAGGAUCAUGUUGUUAAUGAGUCGGACUCUUCUUCCCACGCAUCUUCAAUGGAGGCCUCCGCUUAUUCCAAUCGCUACAGCGUGCUUCGCUUCUUCUCAAAGCCUCAACACAGACCAGCUCCGAGAACAGCUUGAUCAUCUACACAAGGAAGCUAACCAGACAAGACGCAAAGCAAAUAAUGCAAGACUGAGGCUACUAAGGUUGUCUGAAGUAGCAGACAAGCUUCGAAGGCAAGCUGCAAUUAGUGUUCGAUCUGGAAAGGAGGAGGAUGCCAGGGAAUUGCUUUUCCAAAAGAAAAAGGUUUUGCAAGCUAUGGAGAAGUCAAAGAAUCGCAUUGAAUUGCUUGAAAAACUUGCUGCAAAACUUAAUGAGGUCCAAUUUAUUGCCGCUUUGGGGUUCUUCACGGUCUUUUUUACUAUCUCCGCGCCCCUAACAUUGAGACAAAAGGGAGUAAUGCGGUUAAAAAAAGUGAAAUUGUGUGAUUGAUAUUAAAUUGAUCGCAUAAAUAAAGUAAGAAUGAAUUAUAAGUUAUAACCAUACAAAUUUUAGUAAAUGUGGUAUGAGUUAUAUUUAGUUGGACGGACGGAAAAGGUAAAAUGGGACAAAGAUAGAGGGUGGAGGAAGUACUAACCGCACAUCCAUCUUGGGAGGAGUAAUUAUUUUAACAUAAAAGUUACCAUCUUGCUCACUUAUCGGCAUUUUUUUUAUGUAACAAUUCAAUUUUCCACCAAUGACGAUCAGAUUUAUUCUCUGAUUGGAAAUUCUUUCUUGAUGAAUCACAGCUUCUCUGUUUCUCUUUAGUAAUCCAGUUUCUAAUUCGGUAACUAAAUCUGAUCAAGGCAAUAUCAAUGAGGGAGACACAACUGAUUGGCAAUGCUUCUAUAGAACUUGAAGUUAUAGCCGACGAUAUUCCUAGUGUUGUUAGAAUAGUGUCUCUCAGAGAGAAUGAUUGUAACAAUUCAGAAGGAAGUGAAGUUCACAUUCGGGAAGAUGUCGAGGUUUGUAAUCCUCAAGAACUUCAACAUCUUAAUCACAGUGUGGCAGACCCUGAAGCUGAUAAUGAGGCAUCAGGUAGUGGGAACAUGUGGAGUGAAGCUGAAAGAGUGGAUAGCUUCAAUGGAAUAUCUUCAUAUGAGGACUUUGUGGAACAUAUAUAUCUAGAACUCAAAAAAAUUGAAGAUGAAGUAGUCACAGUUUUGAGAUUUGCAGGCUUGGUUAUUGAAAGCAACGAGAAACUAGAAAAUUCAAAGAUUCAACAACUACUGGACAUAUUAGAUAGCAUUCAACAUAUCAGAGAGAGACUAGAAAGGACCAUCCAGAGAAAAACGAGUUUCAAGUGAGGCUUCAUGUUGCUGCAAUGCUGAUGUUUAAAGCUUUACUUAUUUUUCAUAUUUGUUUUCCCGGCUGAGGUCAUGGAGACAAUUAUUUUUAUUAGAGUACUCUUCUAAUGUCAAUAUAUAAGCGAAGCAUAUACUGAUACACGUAGUAUAAAUUAUGUAUAUGGAGUAGACCUUUCUUUUGCUCUGUCGUUGUAUAUAUGAAUCACUUUAGUUUAUAUAGGACUUCCCUAAUUAAGAUGUACUUUUGGUAAGACUGAAAUAGCGUUUUUGGCUUGUUUGGAAUAAUGUUGAAUUAAGUACUUGAAUGUGUAUUUACGUUGGAACCUGGAAAAUAGAGGGGUUUAAUACGGUUGCCACCCCUGGAUGUACAUGUCCAGAAAUCAAUGGAGGAAGAGAACGACAGAUUGAUUCUGGUGGCCAGAAGAGCAUGUUUCGGACUGCCCACUGCGUGUCCAAACUGCUUGCCCGUUUAUGUUUACCUCAGGUUAUGCAAACGCCCCUUCGAUUUGGCCUUCAACCUUGUUCAUCCUGAUUCUGAUCAAAUACCUUACGUUGAGUCCGGAACUUAUGUGGCAUACAACAAUGAAAAGGGUGGUGUGGUCCAGAGUUUAAAGGAUGAUGGUAUGGUCGAUGAUUUAGACUCUGCAGUUCGCCACAUUCCAGAAUGGGCAUCAACAAUGGCUAUGGCAGAUUCAUGGCUUGCUGAUGCUCUGUUGUUUGAACUCUGGCUAGGGUCUGAUGCAUGUCCUGUGCAGAUCUAUUAUUCUGAUCUUCCUUGGCCAGUAGGAAAACUUCUAUACUUGAAGCAAGUUUAUGAUACAAAACAACGACUUGGGAUAACAACUGAGAAUGUUGAUAAAAGAGAAGAAGAAAUUUAUAGGAAAGCUUACACUGCUUAUGGUGCUUUGUCAACAAUGUUAGGAGACCAGUCCUUUUUAUUUGAAAACAGGCCAACAAGCUUAGAUGCUGUUUUUCUUGGGCAUGCACUUGUUACACUAUUUGCCUUACCCGAUACUUCAGUGCUAAGAAGCAAGCUCUCGGAGUAUGCCAAUCUGGUAAAAUAUACAAAGAAUUUUAAAUUGCAGUUCAUAGACACGACUGAGUUGCCUUCUAUCUCUCAAUUGCAUAAUGAGCCCUCUUCAUCAACGUCAAGACGUAAUUCAAAUUGGAGCUCAAAACCGAAAACCAAACCUCAAAAGAAAAAAAUGACUGAAGAAGAGAAGAAGUUUCGGCGGAGGUCAAAGUAUUUUCUGGUUACUCAGCUGGUUGCAGUUUUGGUAUACCUUUCCGUCCUUGGAGGAUCUGAUGAUGUUGAGGCUGAUCUAGAUGAUGGUGAUGGUGGCCCUUAUUAUGGUGACUAAAUUUUUGGUAUUUUCUCAGUUUGUGUCCGUUUACCAGCUUUUAGCUCCUGAUGAAUAUUUUGGAGAACUGAUGUGCAUAAUAUUUGUUCAAUGUACACCAGAUAAACCAGAGUAGUUCUUCAGGGAAAUUGGAGUUUGUGUUUUUUACUCAAUCUGCAAAAUAAGG